AUGGCGAACCAAUCGCAAGUGAUACAACUAGUGAUAGUCCCUCACCGACCAGUACAUACCGCUAAUGAGAUCAACAAGGAUCUAGCUCCGGCAUUUGAUAUUAUACAAAGGGCAAAGGGUCUGCAGGCAGUAUGGAGAGGGAAAAAGCAUGAAGACCGCCACACACAGGUUGCUCUUCUUUUAUGGGAGAGCUUGGAGGCCAGUCAUGCUUUCUUCACCGGCGCUGACUAUACCGAGUUUCACAAAGUUAUCCAACCCGCGAUGAACGGAAGGAGAAUUCAAUGGCAGAAUCAUGCUUCUAUCGAGUCCCUUGGGCUUGGCGACAAGGCACAUUUGUCAAAGACGCUCGAAUCACCAGCGAUUGAGGUAGCCCUCACAAAAGUGGUUGAGGGCGGCGUGAAUGGAUACUAUUCGCAAUUCCGGAAAAUCGUGGGCCCUAUCCUGGAGGACGACGAUGGCUGUGACGGACACUUUAUCAGCCCACUCCUGGAAAAUCCCCAAAACCAGCUGCUUUUGAUCAACUGGAAAUCAGUAGAUGCUCAUCACGAGGUUUUUGAAAAGCGACCGACGUUUAAGGCCUGCAUUGACGGCCUUAAGGACUUUUAUGCCGAGUUUGUUAUUCCAUGGCAUAUCACAGAACUCAAGCUGGUCCAAGGGAGCUUCUAG